AUGUUUUGUCGAACUAGAAAUGUUGUCCAGACUCUUAUUAUAGGGACUCUAGGGGCACCUAGCAUGUCCGAUCCACCGAAAGAAGACCGCGUGGCGAUAGUAUUCACCCCUGUUCUCGAGGGCAUAGGCGGAUUGAGCACUAACGCCCUGUCGAUCAUGAAGAUACCCCCGUUCUGGAGGGAGGAUCCAGCCUUAUGGUUCACCCAGAUCAAGAUAGCUUUCGAGGUAUCACGAAUAUCGAACGAUAAGACGAAAUUCACGUACACCGUCUUACACGUGGACCAGGCAGUGAUGCCUUUUGUCUCAGACAUAGUUCGCCAAUCAUCGGAAGACGGUAAAUACGAUACAUUAAAAAAUAGAAUUAUAUCCGCCUUUGACGAAACGACCGAAUCCAAGCUGAGAAAAAUGCUUCGCGGACGCGAGCUCGGCAAUGAGAAACCAUCGCAUUUCCUUCAAUGGAUGCGGAAUCUAUCUGGCGAUCAAAUCAGCAGCGAUGUGCUUCGCACCCUUUUCCUAGAGCACAUGCCGCAGAACGUUCGCGGAAUCCUAGCGGCAUCUUCUAGUCAAGACGUGUUGCAGUUAGCGGCUUUGGCGGACAAAGUUACAAAGGCGCUGAACGAGACCAACCAAAUAAUGGCGGUAGCCACCAGCAAUACGGCACCCGAGCAGCGACCAUCCCCGCCCAACGAGGGAAUGGCAAAUCAGCUAAAGGCGCUGGAAGAACAAGUAGCGGCCCUGAGCCUGCAGUUGCGACGAAGUCACGAACGCGGACGCAGCCACAGCCAAAGAAGUAGAUCUGGCCCGCGACGCAGUUCAUCACGAUCAAAAGAGCGCGUCGUAAGUGUGGGCACGUGCUACUACCAUAGGAAAUUCGGCGCGCAGGCGCAUUGCUGCAGAAAGCCAUGCGACUGGAAGACGCCCUCACCACCAGCGAAGGAAAACUAA